AUGUCCACUCGGUCUGGAAAGCGUCUUCAUAACUCACCCGGAUCAGAAUUAAAUCAAGAUGUAAAAAUCGAAAGAAAAACUCGUAGGCACAAACAAAAAGAAAAUUGUAAUGAUACAACCGUGUCUAAGAAAAAACAUUAUGUUUUACGAUAUCCGUCUGAGGAAGAAAUUAGCAAUGAUGCUAGCAGCCAAAUGACCCUCCGAAACCGUAAAUCGCGUAGAAAUACUCUAAGCGAAGUAACAGUCAAUGAUGUUGAUAUCGCGAAACCUAUCAAAAUAAACCGACGGAAAAAAGCUGUUGAAAAUGAUAACUUAUCACAAAAAACAAGUAAGAAAUCAAAGAAAAAGAAAAUUGUAAAAAGUAUUGCUCUAGAAAAUGAUAGUAAGGCUGCAAUUGAGGCUAAAGUAAUGAAAAAGAAAACAAGCUCUGGUUCGGUUGUCAUAGAAGAUUUAAAUAAUCAAAACAUAAAUAAUAAUUCAGUAAACAACGGUAAUAUUUCUGUUGAUUCUUUCCACAGUGCUGCUGCCAGCAAUGUUGGUAGCCCUGAGGAGCUUGUGUUAAAAAACAUAUGUAAUUUAAAACCAUCUGUUGAAAGCAUAUUUCUCAUUAAAGAGAAUAUGGAAUUCUCUACUGAUUGUCAGCAGAAAAAAGUUCAGAAAGGUAUUAAUAAAAGUAAGCGACAAGAUAGAAAUACUCUAUGCAAAGAUGAUGAUAAAAAGUUAAUUCAAAGUAAAUGUGUUCCAAAAGAAAACUGUUAUAAUACAGAAGAGGACAGUCAUAAUGCAUCUGCCUUCAACAUAUUAUUUGAAAGUAAUAAGAAAAGCAGAUCAAGUUUUAAAAAUUCCACAUUUACUGACCUAUCUACAGAUAAUAUCGUAAACCCAUUAACUUUAAUGGAAGACCAGGCAGACAAGAAAAAUUCAUCCCUUAGAGAUUAUGACAAUAUUGAAAAUUCAACAAAAGGCUGUAAAUACAACAGUUUACAAAGGAACAGAUACUCAAAUGAUAAUACAUUAUUGGAAAUGAUCUAUAAACUAGAAAAGAAACAAAAUGAGAAUGACUUACAGAAGAAAAGCAUUUCAAAAUAUGAAUCUCCAGCAGUUGAUUCUACAUUUGAAAAACAAACAACUCUUGAUAAACAUACAAGUAAUAUUCCUACUGUCACUAAGUCAACUGUUAAUAAACCUACCAAAAAGAAAACCUCCAAUACGCCUAAUACACCAAUAAGAAAUAGAUUAAAUUCAAAUGAAAACUCAAAUACAGUACAAAAUGGCACAAACAAUGUAACAUUUGAAAAGGAUGUGGUAGCUUAUACAUUUGAUAAUAUUAAUUUGCAUGAAUCAGACAGCAUUCGGACAUCUAAUUCUGCAGAUUUACUACAGAUUGAUACUCAAAUUAAAUUAAACACAACUUUUGAAAAAGAAGGUACCAAUUUGAACAGUACUUUUGAUAAAGAAGGUACCAAUUUGAACAGUACUUUUGAUAAAGAAGGUACCAAUUUGAACAGUACUUUUGAUAAAGAAGGUACCAAUUUGAACAGUACUUUUGAUAAAGCUGAAGAAGUCUCAUCAUCAAUAAUAACUUCUGAUUCAUUAAUAACUAAUGACAAAUCAAUGUCACGCAUCAGUAUUACAAGUGAUGAAUCGGAAAGAGGUAACAUUAAUAACAUUACUCCAGUUAUUGUUGAGAGUAGCCUGGAUGAAUCCAAAAUUAUUUAUAAAAGUCCAAAUAUCACUAAUAAGGAGACAGUAAAAUCGCCACCAUCUGACUGUGUACCUGAUCAGAUAACACCUUCAACUUCACUGCAGCGCGAGGGGACCUUUACUAAAGAAUCACAUACAGGUUUGACAUGUCCAAAAGAGUUAAGUACAUCCCCGGGACGGACACCAUUCCCUUCCUCAAAGCGCAGUUCAUACAAAAAGGCAGUUUUUAAUGACACACGAUCUAUUGAAAAGACUCGAAAGUUAUCUAUUGCUGAGCUUCCACACGCCACAAGAGUUAUGUUCUGUAGCCCCAUCAAUACUCCGAUGAUAACAAGUCAAAUAAAAGGCAAAGUUAUUAAAUCUAGUAUGAAAGGAUCAAACAAAAGUUUUGUGUUAAAUGAUCAAGAACCGUGUCGUGUCAGCUCAGUUCGCAAAAGGUCAUACACUCACAGUGGCUCGGAUGGCCUAGACUUCAAGCGGCAAAGAUUAGGUGAAGGGUCUUCAAACAGAGUGUCUCGCUCCAGGACCUCAAGUGCUUCAGGAAAAAUCCAAAACACUCCAACAAAAUUAACCCCAGCCAAGUCCAAAUCCGAGAUCGCCCGCGUGGCUAGAAAGAAGCUGCCCAAUUUCGCCGCCCUGCAUCAGAAGCAAUUCGAUAAGAUGGAGUCUCUCGAUGAGUGUCAGGAACGCAAGGCUCGUCGCGCUCUUCUGUUGGCUGCCGGCACUUCGGCUGCCACCAAGGACAGAGAUUCGAAGGCUGAGAGAAAACAAUCUGAGAUGAACCAUACAUUACUAUCUGUGAACCCUGGAUACACGAGAUUCGGCUUCAGGAUGAAAUCUGACGUCAACCCGUUCACGACCGACUCUAAAGUGACCGAAUAUUCGAAACUAUCUCUAAAUACAACAAAUGCGAAUUCGUCUAAAAUUGUCGUUAAACCAAAAGGACCGCCGAACGAUUCGAAGAGACACGCUAAAUUGCCUUCCCUCAACGGCAGCACGGCUCGGAAGGAGAUAGCGAAACAGACUGUAAUGAGAGAAAAGUCGUUCGCAGAGAAGAGAAGUGCCAGCCGAAACGAGAACAGAACUAUAAUUAAGGGUGUGAGAACGAACCGACGCUUCGAGUUGCAGAUGCAAAUGCGGAAUCUUAAUUGA